UGGCAGGACUGGAGCCGACACUCGUCCACGGAGCGGAAUGAGAACAAAUCGGGGAUGGCAGACAGACCUCCGACGGUGUUCAUGAAGCUGCUGGCCGCCGGAUUUUACAGUACGAGCUCCUUUUUCCUGGUGGUGGUGAACAAGAGUGUGCUCACCCACUACAGGUUCCCUUCGUCGAUAUGCGUUGGGAUUGGGCAAAUGUUGGCCACGGUGAUUGUCCUGUGGGUGGGCAAGGCUGCGAGGGUGAUCAGCUUCCCAGACUUCGACAAGAAAGUACCACGCAAGACGUUUCCUCUACCUCUCCUCUAUGUGGGCAAUCAAAUUUCUGGUUUGUCUGGAACCAAAACCCUCAAUUUGCCCAUGUUUACUGUCCUCAGGAGGUUCUCCAUCUUAUUCACGAUGCUGGCCGAGAGAUUUCUGCUCAAGAGAAAAUUCUCCAGGUCCAUCCAGCUGACAGUAUUUGCAAUGAUCCUCGGGGCCUUCAUAGCUGCAAGCGCUGACAUGUCCUUUGACAUGCAAGGCUACAUCUUCAUCUUCCUCAACAAUGUGCUCACCGCCGCCAACGGUGCUUAUGUGAAGCAGAAAUUGGAUGCAAAGGAGCUGGGCAAAUACGGUUUGCUGUACUAUAACGCACUAUUUAUGAUCCUGCCCACUGUGCUCUUGGCUCACAUGACCGGCGACAUACAGAAGGCUGUGGCGUUCAAUGGCUGGUCAGAUGCUUUGUUCCUCACACUGUUCCUCCUCUCUUGCAUCAUGGGGUUUGUUCUCAUGUACUCCACAGUGUUGUGUACACAGUAUAACUCUGCGUUGACCACCGCCAUCGUUGGAUGCAUCAAGAAUGUGCUGGUGACGUAUGUCGGCAUGGUGCUAAUCGGGGACUACGUCUUCUCAUGGACUAACUUCAUAGGUGUGAACAUCAGCAUCGUGGCCAGCUUGGUGUACUCCUACAUCAGUCUGCGAGAGGAGCAGCCCAACAAGGCCAGCGAAAGCCCCAAAAUGGAAAUCAAGGGCAAGGUGGUCGUAUGACACUGGUUUCUCUUUCACUUUUUGUAUGACAAUGUACAGCUAAAGUCUUUUAUUUUGUAUUUAUGACUCCAAGCAAAGUUGUCGUGUUGCUGCCAUGGUUACGAGAUUGUUUCCUUUUAAAGAGAUGCUAUUUUCUUGACAUCUGUAUUUUAAUAUGGUCAGUGUUGAAAAGGGAUGAAUAUUUAUGAGGUUUCUGCGGAAUGUUGAAGAUCUUCUAGCUGUUUACAAGAAUGUGAAGGCUGAAAUGUACUCUCUCGCCUCACGUCUUGCUUGUCUCUCCUCGCCGCCGGCACCAACAGGACUAACCGCUAAUCACGGCGCCGAAAAAGAAUUCGGAGCUACCCUUUCAUCGUGUUCUGGAAAAACCUGCUCCCCAUUAGAAGUCAUGCGCCCCAAGCAUCUGCGCCAGCGUAUGAAUCCAGGCCAGGUUAGGUCCUGACACCAAAUGCCAAUAUUAGUGUAUUUAUUAUUUCACACUACUGACGUUCAAAUGUAGGAACUGUGGCUGUUAUUAAGGCAGCGUCAAAAAGCCUCCAAACCAGAAGAAAACAGCUGAUGUGUCAUGAGAACAUGCUGAGGCCUUCACACUAAUAAUGAACUAAAUAUUUGUCUACAAUAUAUAGAUAACAGGUAUCUAGCCCACU